AUGCCAAGAUCUGGAACAGAAGAAAAGCGGAUAUGUGGUGUUUGUGGUGUGACUACAGACUCGUUCGACAGAAAUUACCGUACGAUUUUUGAGCUUCCUCGCAACGCGACGUUUGCCGUGGGUGAAGUGAGGAAGGUAUAUGGAGAUAGCUGUUGUGUGGAUGUGACAUUUGCGAUGUUCAACUAUCUCUACCAUAUCCCAGCAAAGAUGUUACAACUUGUUGGAAAUUCCUAUACAUCUGUUGAGGAUAGAGAGUGUGUAGACGAGAGAAAUGGGGGGAGGGGGAGGGGUGUGCAAUUUGAGGCGUGA